AUGACGGCUCAGAUGGUGCCGAUUGACCCGGACAAGAAGGAUGACGUCUACUACCGUUACAAGAUGCCCGCUGUGCAGACGAAGGUGGAGGGCAGCGGCAACGGUAUCAAGACAGUGCUGCCGAAUAUUCACGACAUCUGUCUGGUGAUCAACCGCCCGGAGGAAGUGCUCAUGAAGUACUUUCAGUUCGAGCUCGGGGCGCAGCGUACGGUGUCGACAAAGGACGACAAGUUCCUGCUGAUGGGUGCCCACCCCACGGAGCGCAUGCAGGACAAGCUGUACGACUUCAUUCGAAAGUUCGUGCUGUGCAAGCACUGCCACAACCCUGAGACGGCCAUCCACCUCGACGCUGGCAAGAAGGGCUCCGCCUCCAUCAGUAUGGUGUGCGGUGCGUGCGGUAAGCGGUCCAACUUCGAUGAGCACCGUACCAAGACCUUCAUGACGCAGUACUACGAGAAGCAUCCGGUGGAGGCGAAGGCGGCCAAGGGUGCCGCAGAGGCGCGCAAGAAGGACGACGCCCCGGCGGCUGACGAAGUGGCCGCGCCGACCAAGCCGGAGAAGGAGUCAGGCAAAUCCGUCGGCAAGUCGGACCUCACGGACGACCGCGAGGACCCCAAGGUUGUUUUCGCGCGUGUGCUGAAGGAGUCCUGGGGCAAGAACGACGAGCUCGUGGGGCGCACCGUGCGUCUGCUGAGCCAGUACAACCUACCGGAGCACUACGGACCGCCGAUGGCGCUGUCGGCGAUGCUGCUGGAGCACCGUGAUGACCUGCUGUCGACCAUGAAGAUGCACGCGCGUCUGCUGAAGCGGCUCUGCACGGUGCCGGAGCUCUUCUCCCGCUCGGAGGGCUACGACGAGAAGGAGUUGACGGAGUUCUACAAGCGCGAGAAGAAGAUUCAGAAGACGUUCCUCCGCGAGUGCGCCAAGGAGUUCGCCACCAACUAUACCCCCGACAAGUUCGCCGUUCUCAUCUUUAUGCUGUUUGUCGAAGGUGUCCUUCGUGACCGCAGCAUCGCCGAUUGGGCAAAGGACACGAAGCCCUUCAGCGACGCCGACCCGAAGCUGCAGGAGGAGAUGCGGCAGAAGGUAGCACCGAUCGUCUCCUGGCUCGGCAUGGACGCCAAGGCAGACGCGUAG